AACCCCCGUACUUUACUUUCAUUUACCCAACAAAACCGCGACUUUCAGUUAUUCUUCAACUAUCAAGGACUGGAAGCUCCACUGUCUUUCGAUUCGAGCAUCCAUUCUUGCCGACUCUCGAAAACUUCAAUCUUGAUCAAACAUAGCAGCGUCUUCUUUUCUGCUUUGAGCGUCCAAUGGAUCUCAGAAAAUCGAUCGCCGACCAAACCGAAUUCUCUUUAGAAAUCUCCAAGAGCUUAUUGUUGACGGAAGCGAAGGACUCUAAUCUUGUAUUCUCUCCCGUGUCGAUCCAUGUUGUUCUGAGUUUGAUCGCUGCGGGUUCUAAGGGUCCAACCCUAGACCAGAUGCUUUCCUUUCUCAAGUCGAAAGGUAAUGGAGAUCUCAACUCGUUUGCUCAAGUGAUCGUCAGUCUAAUCUUGGCCGACGGUAGCGAAAGCGGCGGGCCGCGUUUGUCCUUUGCGAGUGGUGUCUGGAUUGACAAGUCUCUCCCUUUGAAACCCUCUUUUAAAGAGAUUGUCGAUAACGCUUACAGGGCAGCUUCGAUGGAAGCUGAUUUCCAGACAAAGGCUGUUGAAGUGGUGAAUGAAGUAAAUUCAUGGGCUGAAAAGGAGACAAGUGGGCUUAUCAAAGAGGUUCUUCCUACAGGAUCAGUUGACAGCUCGAGCAGACUUAUCUUUGCAAAUGCAUUCUAUUUUAAGGGAGCCUGGAAUAACAAGUUUGAUGCAUCCAAAACUAAAGAAUCUGACUUCUACCUUAUGGAUGGAAACUUGGUCAAUGUCCCCUUCAUGACCAGCAAUAAAAAGCAAUUUGUUAGUGCUCAUGGUGGUUUCAAAGUCCUCCGGCUUCCUUAUAAACAAGGUCAAGAUAAAAGGCGUUUUUCCAUGUGCUUCUUUCUACCAGAUGCAAGGGAUGGGCUUCCAGCUUUGGUAGAGAAGGUGGGCUCAGAACCUGGCUUCUUAGAUCGCUACCUCCCAUCUGAAGCAGUUGAAGUGGGUGAUUUCAGGAUUCCGAAGUUCAAGAUUUCGUUUGGAUUUGAAGCAUCAAAAUUUUUAAAAAGUUUAGGAUUGGUGUUGCCUUUCUCUGGUGAAGGUGGUCUAACUGAAAUGGUGGAUUCACCUCAGGGCCAGAGCCUCUAUGUCUCCAGCAUCUUCCACAAGUCCUUUGUCGAAGUCAAUGAGGAAGGUACUGAAGCUGCUGCUGCUUCUGGUGCUGUGAUAGCUCUUAGAUCCAUCCCACUUCCAAUGGAUGAGAUCGACUUUGUGGCUGACCACCCAUUCAUUUACCUGAUCAGAGAAGACAUGACUGGAGUUGUGCUAUUCAUAGGGCAUGUCCUGAAUCCCUUGCAGGCUGCUUAAUGCCGGCCAAACUGCUUUAGAAUCUGUAUAACCAAAAUGCAUUACAGAUGACUUUCGGUUUCUGCCUUUCAUUACAGUGAUGGUGCUAUUGCUCUAAGAUAUUAUUACUAAUUAAAUAUGCCUCACUUCCCCUCAA